AUGAAGACUCAAUCACAUCAACGUGUGAGCACUAAUAAGAGGGGCCACGUUCGUGACAGUUCUCGUCAUAUGAACAAUACCGACGGAAACGGGGUCGACGGUGGUGGUGUGAGUAGAAAGGCUUUGCACGAUAAUGGCACGACUGCCGCUGCCGCUGCCGCCGGUGGUAAUGGUGGUGGUUACAUUAAUUCAGAAGAGUUAGGCAACAAUAGACUCAGUUAUUUAAUUGCUAAAUCUAUUGGGAAAACAUGCAUAAUUACAACUACAGAUGGAUCUCGUUAUAAAGGUUUACUAAUUGCUACAGAUUUAUCCACCAAACCGGCACCUUUAUCUGUAGUGAUUAAAAAACCGCAGUUGGUCAAUAAGGGUUUACUUGAUGAAAAGAACAACUUGAUUGACAAUGCAUUGCCCCAAAAUCUUAUUGUUCAAGCUAAGGAUUUGAUUGAUUUCGAAAUUGAACUUAAUAUCAAUGAGCCGGUCAAGAAGUAUCAUGCAAAGGUCGCUUCUUCUGUUCUGCCAGGAGGGAGUCCAGUGGUUCCUACAACCAAACCGGCAGGUACAGCUUCUACAGCAGGCUCUUCUUCUUCUUCUCCUCCUCCUCUUGCUGACAAGAGUGAAUUCAAAACCGACUCUGACAUUUCAAGUGAACAAAAAAACAAACCUUUUGAGGAACGUGACUUGGUCAAAUGGGAACCAGAGGAGAGUGACUUGCAAGGAUUGACUUUAGAGGAAGAAGAAGAAAGACAUACAUCUAAUGGCGGUGCUCAAUGGGAUCAAUUUAAAGUGAACCAAGAAAAAUUUGGCGUUGAAAGCACUUACGACGAACAUUUGUAUACUACUAGAAUCAAUAAAACGGCACUGGACUACAAACAAAAAGUUUUGAUGGCAGAAAAGUUGGCCCAGGAAAUUGAAAAAAGUGCAACCACUGAUCGUCAUAUUUUGGAAGAAAGGGGAUUGUUGGUAGAUGAUAGUGGUAUGGAUGAGGAAGAUAAAUAUUCAGGUGUUGAUAGAAGAGGCGACGAACUCAUGGCUGCUUUGAAGACAAACAACAAAAGCCACAACAAUAACAAUAACAACAACAACAGUAACAGUAACAAAAUUAAACCCUCACCUGUUCCAAUUACAGGUCAUCAUCAUCAUCAUCAUCAUCAACAACAACAACAACAACAACCAAACAUAGAAGAUACUGGUAAAUAUGUCACUCCAAGACAAAGAGCAGCUCAAUAUCACAAUGAUCCAGCAAUUAUAUCCAGUUCAGCUAUAAACUCAAAGAGAAAAGCUCCAGAUUCUAUUCCAGCAAAGCCGGUUAUUCACAAUGAAGCGUUUAGAUUGAAUGCACAAAGUGAAAUCAACUCCUUGCGUGAGUUUAGUGCUACUUUCAAAAUUCCCCACAAAAUGCCGCAAGAUCUUUUGCCUAUUUUGGCAAAGGAUAAACUCAAGCAAAGUGAAAUUUUGAAAAAGCAGCUGCAGCAAGCUCCAAAACAACAAGAGUCAAAGCUGGCUCAACCAGUUGCCACAGCAUCUGCUACACGGCACGCACCACAACCACAACCACAACCACAACCUGCUGUGGAGGCACUGCAAUCCGCUGCUACAUAUGGCGCUGGCGCUGGCGCUGCCACCCCAGUAUCUCAUCCACAACAUUUGCCUACUUCCCCUGCUGGUGCUCCUCCAUCCUCUACUACCAAAGGCCCAGUCUCCACAGAGAAGAAGUAUUCAAAGUUUAAACUCAAUCCUAAUGCAGCCGUAUUUACACCUACCUUCAAGCCUAGCACAAUAACAUCACCACCAAAGGCUAAUUUCAAUGCACCGUUACCAUACCAAUCACCCAGGGCUACAAAUAACCGCACAUACUCCUCUAAUGGAAGUAUAAGCUCACAAGGCUCAACAAAGAGACAUCAUCAAAUUUCACCACAAGAGUUUUUUGGAAGUGUCAGUAAAGUGCCCACAAAAGAAGGCCAAGCUCGUAAAAUAGCUGCAUUUAAGAACGGUUUUAAUUUAUUCAACACUGCCAAAGUUAAAGCUGAAGAAGCUGGAACACCAACACAUUUGGUAUUUGAGAAAUCUUUCCAAACUCCACCAACAUGGGACUCAACAAUCGAAGAAUCAUACACUAUACUGUUCCCUAGAUCAGUAUCCAUGUAUGGCGGCGGCGGCGGCGGUGGUGGUGGUGGUGCCGGUGGUGGUGCCGGAGUUGCCGGAGUUGCAGUUGGUGGUGUCGGUGGCAGAGUUCCCCUGCAAAUGGCAUCUUCCUACAUUCCAAAUUCAAUGAUAGCGGCAACACCGGGCACUGGAGGGGUAGCAACGCCCCAACAACCAAUACUACAGGGCGCCUCAAUUGCUGCGGCACCUAUACCUUAUAAUUUCCAAAUUCCACCGCAAUUUCAUCACCUCCCGCAUCAACAGCAGCCGUAUUUUGCACAACAAGUAACCGCUGCUCCUAUGUGGUUUAUACCGCCCCCUCAAGGAUUUGGAAUGAUUAACCCGUAUCUAAACAGUGGCGCAGGUGGAGGCGCACAUGGUCAACAUGGUCAACAGACGAGGAGAACAGUUAAUGGUGGUGGUGGUGGUAAUAGAUUUACAAGAAGUGGGUAUAAGGUAGAGGGUGUCUAUGUGUUUUCGAUGAGCGACGUAGCAUUGUCUAGAAUUGGAAGUUUAAUCAAAACUCAAGAUGAUAUUGCCAAUGUGGACUCGAUACGACAGCAGUUUAUAAAGGAGAAAUUGUCGAUUGACGUUCAGUUAUCUACAAUGACGCAGUUGCACUUUGAUUCAAUGAUGGACAAUUUGUCGCAGAUGAAGGAUACGUUGAAGAAGAUGACAGAUAUAAAGGGGAACUUGGGUAAGAUUCAACAAAUCUACAAAGAAAGUGUCUCUGUACCCAAGGAUAAUGAGAUUAUACGUAAGAUGAUAAUUGUGAAUCAAUUCAUGAAUCAAACAGCUAAUUUGUACAAUGAUAUUAGCAAUUUCAAACUGAUAGUCGACUCUCUUAAACAUGCAAUUAUGGUUGAGCAAGAGAAAAUGCAACAGAGUCUAGAGUACACAAUGCCUCAAUUUCUCAACAUACAUUUCCAGUAUACUCAAAUUCGAAAUUUUCAAGAUUAUUUGGAGUCAUACUCACAAUCAUCGUCGGACGAUUUAAAGUCGAUAGUGUUUAGGAUCACUUCGCCUACCAAAGAGCUCAUCAGAAGCUUUGAUAACUUGUUGAAUGAGUGUAUUACAAGUUUAACAGAGUGCACAAGAGAAAAUAACCUUGAAAUAUUAUACAAGAUUGUAGCAAUGGUAAUUUAUGAAGAACAACAGGACUUGAAGUUACAAGUAUCGCGUAGCUUAAAGUUGGAUACAAGUGACAUAAAUCGAAGUUACAAAACGUUUAGAAGUAGGGAACGUCAUUAUAAAAAUUUUUUUUUUGAAAAGUUUAGACUUUACUUUCAAGGCACAUUUGAUGCUUGUAUAGAGUACAAUGCCAAUGAUCCAAUCGCGCUAUACGAUAACUUAGACUGGAUGCAAGAUGAAAUUGUCUUUGUCCAUGAUGCCAUGACCCCAUUAUUCCCACCAGAAUGGAAUUUUGAUACGUUUGUUCAAAACAUAUUUUACGACAAGUUGCACCAAUAUACUCUAGAUUUGAUAAAUAAUGAACCUGCAGCCGAAGACAUUUUGAAAAUAUUGACAUAUGACAAAAAAUACACCGAUUUCAUUAAGAGUAUUGGUGGACGACUGGGUACAACCUCCUCAAUCAUUGGUGACGAUUUGAAAGAUACGGUGUUGGAUGAUUACAUGCGAAAUAUCACCACCAAGAUGAUGGAGUGGAACGAAAGUUUGAUCAAGCAGGAGAGUAAGGUGUUUAUCGAAAGAUCAAAGGCUCCAGAUAUUUAUCCCUACGAACAAGAUAUUCCAGAUGUUGAUGCGGCAAAUGAGCCUGUUAUUCGUCAUAUCGAAGUUUCAGCAUUUGUCUUGCCUGAUUUCAAGAGUCCUAUGAUAAUGAUGAAGGAACAAGCGGAUGCCGCAUCAUUAUCAGGUAACUCAAAGAUUUUACUUGCGGUGAUUGAGAAUUUCUGCGCUUGUUAUGUGGAAAGAGUGCUAAAUUUUGUCAAUUUAGUAGACGAGGAAAUGGACAAGUAUUUUUCAUUUUAUAACAAUUUCCAAUUCUUGGUCAAAACGAGUAAAGCUAGAAGGUUAUUCAAAAAGAAACCCACCGUUCUUGAUGUGGACUCAUUGACACCGGAAGAGCAAGCGAAUUUGUCUCGUGAAGGGUUGGUUGAAUAUUUGGGCGCCUUGGCUAAUUCACUAGAGAUCAGCAAUGAUAUUUUGAACAACAAAUUUGCGAUAACUUACAAAGAAAAAGUACAUACUAGCUAUCAUGUACGGGUAACUACAGCGUUUUCCACAACUGUAGAUAAGUCAAGUGCGUUGGUUUCGGAGAUUUGUAUUUCUGUUUCCAAUAUAAUUAUAAAUGACUUGUAUCCCAUUUUGUGCCAUUUGUUCACAAAAAAGUGGCUUGAAGAUGGACAAAGGCAAACGGAAAGUGUUAUGAUGAUGACGCUUGUUGCACAAACAAUUGCCGAGUAUAUGGCUGAGGCAAGACUGUAUUGUAUCUACACAGUUUAUCAAGUCCUAUUUGAGAUUUUUUUGGACAAAUUUGUCUGCACAUAUUUGAGUAUUGGAUUUGAAAAUAUUUUACAAGGAGAAGGGAAAAGAAUCGAUCCUAAAACUCAAGGCUAUAAAGCAUUCAAGUCACGAAUUCAAAGUGAUGCCGAGUUGCUAUUUGCUGGAUUACUGGAUUUGUUUAUGGAAAAGGAUCGUCAUUAUUUGCUUUCAAGUUUAACAGCAAUUGAACUUUUGGCAGAUUUGGGAACGUGCGAGAAUCCUAUGGAAAAUAUUCCUGAACAGUGGAAAGAGUUUGUGUUACCGGUAUUUUAUGAUUGUUCUCUUGAUUAUAUAAAGGGAGUUGUACUUUGCCGCAAAGAUAUGUCCAAGUCUCAAUGGAAGACCCUAGAGCCAAUAUUGAUCGAAAUCAAAGAUGAUUACCAUAAAAAAAUGGAACCACCACAAGUGCCAGUGUUGACAUUGGAUGGAUUUGAAUUUGCAGAAAAGUAG